GGAGGGGCCUGCGUCCAGGGAGGUGCAGGGCUCCCCACCGGCCGGCUGGCUCCCCACCGGCCGAGCCCCGGCCGGCUGGCUCCCCACCGUUCGAGCCCCGGCCACUGCGCUACAAGCGCGUCUGCUCCUAAGUCUUUAAAUAACCGUGGCCUUUGCCCUCCAGAAGACGGCAAGGGGAUUCGAGCCAACUCGAGGCAAUCCCACCAUCCGAGGCCUCACCUCUGAUCUCCAUCCUCCUCCUCGCCGCCCUCCCCGUUGUUAGCUGCUCCGAUGGCUGACCUCAACGACGCCCCCCGGUUCGCGCUCUGCGUGGCGCUCGGCGUCUCCCUCAUCAUCAAGCCGCUGCUCGAGUCCCUCCGUGGGGCCGACCCGCCGCCCGGCUCCGCCGUCCACGCCGCCGUCGCCGUCGUCCUCGUGCUCCUCCCGUUCGCCUACCUCGCGAGCAUCGUGCUCCUCCAGCUCCGGCUCGCCCCGCCGGACCCGGCGCAGCAGGCCAGGCGGUUCGCCUGCCUCGCCUGCACCUUGGUCUCCGCGCUGCUCGUCGUCCUCGCCGUGCCCCUCGUCGCGUUCUGGCUCGUUGCCGACGGCGGUGGCCAGUGAGCUAGCGUGCCGCUGCAAGACAGGGCACGGCCCUGGUCUCCCCGGCGCCCGGCGGCGACGCCGACGUGCUGGCCGGGACCGGCACAAGCAUGGACGCUUCCAGUCAAGCGAAGGGUGGUGGCGAGGCAGUCGUGCAGUCCUGCUUGGUCAGAUGAAGAAAUGGGGAACACACCUACUAAUUGUAGCCUUGCUCUGAGGUUAAGAGAGCUAGUUGAAUCUCUUAUUGCUGUAACUGUGUAUUAGUAUUACUCACGUUGUAGUACAAAAGUUCACCAUACUAUUCAUUAAUUCAGGUUUUUUUUAUGGCUAAGCACCUUGUUUGGAUC